AUGAGACUCAGGCGGCGUUCAAUCGACACUCCAACUAUUCUAUAUUUGAUAUUUACCGUCUACGUUGCCCUUCAAACGUGUUAUCGCAAUGAUUUGGCGGCCAUUCCACAACUGCGAAAAAUUGAAAACAUUCCGUUGAAUUGCACGAGCGUGGUGAACGGCACAGAAGAUAGUCGACAAAUUGAACGAAUGAAACAAUGGACGUUCGAUUUCGAAUCAAUCGAGUUUGAAUUAAAAAACACGACAGACUUCUGUGAAACAGUUGACAAAUAUUUUAAUUUUGCUCGAAAUGCAACAUCAAUCGAAGAAGAAGAGUAUCCGUUGGCUUAUGGUUUAGUAGUCUACAAAGAAUUGGUCCAAGUUAUUCUUCAAUUAAGCCUCUUCUACCAACCGCAGCACCUAUUUUGCAUCAAAAUUGAUGUUCUCGCGGACCCAUUAUUCAAGCGGGCUUUGAUGAAUUUGCACGAAUGUUUUCCCAAUAUUAACGUUUUUUAUGGCGCAAAAUCGGAAUGGGGAACUUUUGGGAUUCUGGAGAAUGUCUAUUCUUGCUUCUAUUAUUUGGCCACUCAAAAUCAUCCGUGGAAGUAUUACCAAUAUUUGUCGGGAUCCGAUGUUCCGAUGCGAACGAAUCUCGAAAUGGUCCGUAUAUUCAAAGCGAUGGGCGGUUUGUUCAACACAGACAUUGAAGAAUUCGAAUAUAAUCGAAAAUUUCGACGCGAGACGAUUUUGCCGCCGGUGCCUCUGUUCAAAUCGAGUAUGUCGGUGGCGGUGCCGCGCGCGGCCGCCGACUACAUGAUAAGCAGUCGUCGCGUCGAGAAGCUCUACAAGUACUUGAGAAAGACUUGGAUACCCGACGAGUCGUUCUGGACGUCGGUCGCCGGUUCGCCAGCGAUUGUUCCGGUUCCCGGCGCGAUCAAAGCCAAAGAUAUCGUGUUGUUUCGACGCAAUUUCAAACUUCAAGCGCCGAUUAUCAACACUGUGAAACACGUGGGCCUCAAUUACAUCGCCCGCUACCAAGUAUGGCAAUGGCAGAACAAAUGUCGAGGCGUUUUGACGCACGCGAGUUGCGUUUUUGGUGUCGACGAUGUCGCCGAAAUGGUGACGAGACCCGAACUCGUGGCCCAUAAAUUCUAUCUCUCCUAUCAGCCGGCGGCUCUAAUAUGCAUGGUGAAGGAGCUUCGACGUCGCAGCUCUCAUCCAUUGGCUCAUGAGUUCGAUGCUUCCAGCUAUUCCGAAAUGCCAACCGUCGAAAUGGCUCAAGGUCGCAGUGUGAUGGAAGUGACUCAUCCCGAUUGGCUCAUUCCGACCUCAUUCUACAAUCCCGACUUGGAUCCAGGCGAUUAUUCGAAAUUCGUCUAA